CGCCGCGAGCCUUCGAGAGAGCGAGAGCGAGAGCAGGCGGAGGCCUCGGCGGCUGCGGCUGCGGCUGCGGCGCCACUGCACAGGCUCGGUCCAUCCGCGCGCGCGCAUCCCGAGACGCCCGGAGCGCAGAGAGCGAAGCGGGCCGCGGGAACCGCAGCACCGGAGUGGACAAAGCAAGAUGGCAGGGAUCUUAGCCUGGUUCUGGAACGAGAGGUUUUGGCUCCCGCACAAUGUCACCUGGGCAGACCUGAAGAGCACGGAUGAAGCCACCUUCCCUCAGGCUGAGGACCUCUAUCUCGUCUUCCCUCUGGCCUUCUGCAUCUUUAUGGUGCGGUUCAUCUUUGAGAGAUUUAUAGCCAAACCAUGUGCCAUCGCUCUGAAAAUCCAGGCCAAUGGACCACAAAUCGCCAAGCCAAACGCCAUUCUAGAAAAGGUCUUCACCUCAAUUACAAAGCAUCCUGAUGAGAAGAGGCUGGAAGGCCUCUCUAAGCAGCUGGACUGGGAUGUUCGCAGCAUCCAACGCUGGUUUCGGCAAAGACGCAACCAGGAGAAGCCGAGCAUACUGACCAGGUUCUGUGAGAGCAUGUGGAAAUGUUCAUUUUUCCUUUAUGUGUUUACUUACGGAGUCUGGAUCCUGAAGGAGACUCCCUGGUUUUGGGAUACCAGGCACUGCUGGUACAACUACCCUUAUCAGCCACUCACAACUGAGCUUCACUACUAUUACAUCCUGGAGCUGUCGUUUUAUUGGUCUUUAGUGAUUUCCCAGUUCACUGAUAUCAAGAGAAAGGACUUUGGAGUAAUGUUCCUGCAUCAUGUUGUAAGUAUUUUCUUGCUUAGCAUUUCAUAUGUCACCAAUAUGGUCCGAAUUGGAACCCUGGUCCUCUGCCUACAUGAUAUCGCUGAUCCUCUUCUAGAGGCUGCCAAAAUGGCAAAUUACAUCAAGUCCCAGAAACUUUGUGAUUUCAUGUUUCUUACAUUUGCUGUAGUUUUUAUCUUCACACGACUGGGUGCUUAUCCUGUUUGGAUUUUAAAUAGCACACUGUUUGAAAGUUGGGAGAUCAUUGGGCCUUACCCUUCCUGGUGGAUCCUUAACCUACUGCUGUUUAUAAUACAAGGCAUGAACUGCUACUGGUCUUACUUCAUUGCAAAAAUAGCCUGCAAAGCUCUUUCAAAAGGCAAGGCUGGGAAAUGGAACCCUUUACAUGUGUCCAAGGAUGAACGAAGUGAUAUUGAGUCUAGUUCAGAUGAGGAGGAUUCAGAAUCCCCAGAGAAGAGCCCCCACACUGCAACCACCACCAAUGGGACCAAUGGCUAUCUCCUGACCGGCCCUUGCUCCAUGGAUGAUUGAUCACUCCAAACUACAAAUCCCAAACAAAGUGAACUGUCUGUUCUUUGGAAGUAUUUAAUAAGUCGAAGUGCAGUUCUUUUCAUACUAUAUCAGCACCAGAAACAAAAGUUAGGAUUCUCAAAGCAUUUUGAAUAGUGCACUGCCAUGUAUCCUGUCUAUGAAUGAAGAAGAAUUACCAUUCUCUAUAUGUAGGCAUGCUGUAUGUAAUUGACACGAGGGAACAGUAUUUGCAUUUGUACCAUCUUAGAAUAUUAUUUAUAUUGUGUUUGUAAAUCUGCAGACAAAAGAGGGUUUUCUUACUUAUUUUCCUCUCUGAGUUCAUAGCAGUGAGGGAGAUGCUUCAUCUGCUGCGUCCCACAUGUAUUGCUGUAACCCAGGCUGCUAGGAGCAUCAGCUUGACUUAUCACCAAGAGCAGACAAAACCCAAGGCAAGAUUAUCAUACAACUCCAAACAGGUUUACUUUCUACUGUCACAGUGUCCAUUUUGAAACUGUCUACUCAGCCUCGGUAACCCUCCUCCUCAUAUAAAACUUAAACAGGAUGAGCUAUGUGUUCCAGUUAUUUAUUUUUCAUAGUCAAAUGAAAGAGCUGGAGGUAGCAUAGUGACCAUUAAAAUCUCUUGAGCCUGAGGCUCUCUGGUCACAAGUUCAAUCCCCAGCACCACUUUAAGGCCAGGGCUGAGUGGUACUCUGGUUUAAAAGAAAAGAAAAGAAAAUUGCAAGAAAGAAAAUACUAAUUGGUGGGUUCUUUUGAAUUGUUUUCUUAUAAACGACUUUGCUUUAUACUUCAAUUUUUGUGCACACAGUCAAGAUUUCUUUAAUGAAUGUGGAUGUGGAUGUUAACUUUGUAGGUUGCAGAAUAUGUAUUUUUGUAAUUCUCUACUAUGAGGUCAGUACUUUGGUUGUGAAGUGGAGUAUAUACUUAAGAUCAUGUAGUAGAUAAUCUAAUAUUCGAAUGUGUCCUGUGAUCCGAGAGUACCACCAAGAGAGGAGCUGAUUUCAACCAGACCUAUCAUUGUACCCAUAAUUAGCACACUGUUAACGUCAGAUUAUUGGGAUAGAAAAAAGAGGCCUUUCAAGAGAUAACAAGGGUUACUCCUCAGUACAAAUCACUUUAUUGCAAACAGUCCUCAAGAAGGCAUCCUAUCUAGUAUUUGAGCUUGAUGUUUCUGUUUUUCUAAGCAAAGCCAAGUCAAUGGGAGAGAAACUGUUUCACCCUUUGUCUUUUCUCCUUAAACAUAUCCCAGAAUGAGUUCCCUGUUACAAGGAACUGAGCAGUAUUAUCCUCUAAGUCAUUUUGGUUGCUUCUCUGAGGGUGUGUUCAGUGCCCAGCUAUUUUUUCCAAACAGAACUUUUUUAAUAAAACAACAAUUAUAUUGGACAAUGGCAAUAUUAUCAAUAAGGAAUAUGACUAAAAAAUGAAUUCUCACUUCUACAUGGCAGUGUUGUUUAUGUAUAGAUAAGAAAAAACAUACUCAGAAACCAAAGAUUAUAAGCCCUUCCAGCUUUUAGUGAGAGUGAAUACAAGGAUAUUGCAAAUAUUUAGCUCAUACAUCAAAAAAGCCAACAUCUGAAAGAAAAGUCCAAUGUAAAAAUGCAAUGAUAUAAAUAUGUAAAUUCGAGCAUUGUAAAGACAACAGCAGGAGGCCAAGAGAUGGUGCACCCAGUAGAGUGAAUAUAUUAUUAUUCUCAGAGACUUGGGUUGAAGCCCCUGGUCUCAACCUGUGUGUGUGGGGGGGAGCUUCACAACUGACAGAGCAGUACUGUAGGUAUUUCUGUCUCCCUACCUCUUUCUCUUUUCCUCUGUUUUUGUUUCUCUGCCUCUAUCAGAAAAAAAAAACGAUAAAAAGGUCACCAAGGGGGGUUGGGUAGUAGCACAUUGGGUUAAGUGCACGUGGCACAAAGCUCAAGGACUGGUGUGAGGAUCCUGGUUCGAGCCCCCAGCUCCCCACAUGUGAGGCCGGGGGUGGGGGGUAGAGGUCUACUUCACAAGUGGUGAAGCAGGUCUGCAGGUAUCUAUCUUUCUUUCCCCCUCUCUAUCUCCCCUCCUGUCUCGAUUUCUCUCUGUCCUAUCCAACGUCAUCAGUGGUAACAAUAACAAUAAGGGCAACAAAAUGGGAAAAAAUGGCCUCCAGGAGUAGUGGAUUUGUAGUGCAGGCAUCAAGCCCCAGUAACCCUGGAGGAAAGAAAAAAAAAAAAACCACCAGGAGUGGUGGAGUGUGUAGCCUAACCCCAGCCUGACAAAAAAAGGAGAAGAAAAAGAAGAUGAAAGCAGAAGAAAUAAAGUAUGCACGUCCCACUCAGAGCCAGUCACAUUCAAUUUGAUGUUGAGAAAAAAAAAAGCUUUUGUAUCCUGCCAGUUAAUAGUUAAAAGAAUGCUCCCAAACAAAGAAAAAACCAAUUAAAUUAUCCUUCAUUAUUCAAAAAUAACACACUUCACAUAUAAGUCCAUAAUAAAAGUGAAAGAGACUUUGAAAUAUAUGCUUGUACAUUGAGAAAAUAGUGUGAUUAGAGGUCAGGUGGUGGCACACAUAUUACAAUACGCAAGGACCCCGGGUUCGAGCCUACAGUCCCCACCUGUAGGGGGAAAGCUUUAUAAAUGGUGAAGUAGGGAUGCAGGUAUGUCUCUGUCUCUCUCCCUUUCUCCCCUCUUGAUUUCUGGAGGUCUCUAUACAAUAAAUAAAGAUAUUUUUUAAAAAGAAAGAAAAAAAAAGAAAAGAAAAUAGUAUGAUUGAUUUUGCUUGGAAAUCCUUAUUAUUAUUUUAUUUCACAAGCAAGGAACCUAUCUAAAGUUGUCUUUUGUGCAUGGCUUAAGUUUGUAAUACAUAUCAUAAGACAUCAAAGGCACUUACUAGUCAUCUAAACAUUUACUAAAAUUUAAAUAUGUAGAAACUUAGAGUAAGCAUGUUAUAGCUGAAAAAAAAUACUGAGGUCAAAGUUUCUUUCCUUGUCAACUAAAUCAUGGAAAAGAACACUGAAUUUUAUCUGACUUUAGUGUUUAGAACAAGUCCUCUUAAUAUGUGAAAUAAAACAGAAUAUCAAAUGUAUUGUGUCAUUUGGCACUCUUUAGUACCAAAGAGUAAUUCCAAAAGAUUGACUUAUAAAUUAAAGGCUUACAGAGUUGUGUACAAUGAUCUGUCCUCAGCAAAAAGCUAUCUAAGCAGUGUUUUGUUUUUCCAGGUCUGUAAAGACUCCGCAUCUUUGAUCAAUUGCAUUAACUUAAAUCUAUGUAUCUACAGGUUUUUAUUUCAUUUUACAAAAAGGUGUUUGUAGUUUGUUAAGGUAAAGAAUAAUAUGUCUCUAUUGUGAUCCCAUUGGCCUGAUAAUCCUGAAAGAAAAAGAAAAAAAAAGAGAUAUCUUGUCUUCUUCCUAUACUGGGCCAUAGUUUUGGAGGUGGAUUUUGUAAAUUAAACUGUAGGUUUGUGAAAGUGAUGUUCCCCAUUAAUUAACUUAGCCUGUGUUGAUGUCUCCUUCCUCCUGGUCAUAUUCAAACCUUCCCAGGAUACAAGGGGAUAUGUAGGGAGGAGUCUAGAAAAAAGUAACAAUUUUAUUCUCUAAUGUUAUUGAUUUUCUAGAACUAUUAGUUGGGGGUGGGGUGGGGAGUAGAAAACCAAGUAGAAUUUGGUCUUGGGUCAAUAAAAUGAUUUUUGAAAAUGUGUGAUCUAUGUAUGUAUAUGUAUAUUUCCCCCCCAAAAUUAUGAAACCAAAAUAACAUUGACUCACUUUUACUCAUAGUUUCAUAAAAAUCAUUCACUAUAGACAGUAGAAGUUUCCCACCUCCAUUUUGAGUUCCUAUUUAUGCUACUCAGAUAGCUGAGAGUGGUAAUAUUCACUCAGCCUUUUAGCUUCAGCACUACCUAUGGUUAGAAUCUUAGGCAGAGAACCUAAGGUCAACAUCCAGGCCAAAGACAGUUCCCAUUUCCAAUCUUGUGGAUAAAAAUGUGGAGGAUUAAGUAAGUAACAAUUCUCAGCAUUUUAGGUUUUACUAUCUGUUGGGGGUAGAGGGAAGUGUAUGACUGCUACUUUACCCUAGGAUUUUACUAACAUCCAACUCUUGCUAGAGUACUAGACAGUUGGUGUUCUGAGUUACCAUAAGAUAAUAAAACAGGCAGCUGAUAAAAUUAAAAAAAAAAAAAAAAAAAGAUCAGUAGGCUCUCCAAAGGAAGCAAGCAGUGGGUAAGAGAAGUAAUUCCUUAGUGUUAUUAGUUCAGCCAAAAUAGGAUAGUGUGUGAACUUGGCAAUGUCUAUUCUUGUCAAACAUGACAUUCUGAAUACUGGUAGAGUUUGAAUUGGGCACACUGAGUGCUUGUACCUUGGAUAACAAGGGUCUGUAUCUUCCACUUGGUAUUAUUCAAUAAUAAUUGGUAUUUUCAUUUAGGUCAAAGUGAAAAUGAGAUUUCACUUAAACUAACCUAUGGCUUUGCAAAAGAGCUCUUCAGUAGGAAAUUUGUUGAUAACCAUGAGUGUUCCCAAUAUGGUUUAUGAGUUUACCUUGAUAGUUAUUUUUUGUCCCUUUCUUGGAACUAUUAAUGCCAAAGUUGACAAUUUGAAUAUAUUUCUUACUUUGAAAUAUAAACAGUAUACAGAAUACCCCAGAAAGUAUUUUAAAAUUCUCUUUAUCAGUAUAUAUAAUAAAGUUGGAUCCAGAGAGAUUUUAAGAAGUCCUUUGGAAAUUAAAGGUUAAAUGUUUACAUUUUAUGUAUUGAGACUAAGAUCUUAAGAUUUUAUAUUCCUUUUUCUUUUUCCUUUUGUCCUUGGCUGUUUCCUGCUUUGUAUAUCUGGUGUUUCCAACAUCCUAAUUAAAAAAAAAAUCAUAUCAGGUCAAUCAUUUGAUGAGAAUGUGAUGACAAGACACUUUCAAUUUCUAAGUAACCACAUACAGAAAGAGAAAAUCUCCCAAGCCUCCCUUCCCCUAGAGUUCCUUGCAGAAAGAUUUUUUUUUUUUUUAGGACGAUAUGGUUGACCAGAAUUAACUGAAAUUUUUCUUUAUAAUAUCUGAGUGUUCUGUGCUCAAAUUACUUGAUGGUAACUGACACUGGCUCAUGGCUACAUUUGAGUUCUUAGAGUAACAGAGUAGAGAAGGGCUCUGUGUUUUGCAUUGCGUGCUUGGUUCCAUAUCCUUCCCUAGGGGCAUUUAGGAGAUGUUAAGAAGGCCAGUCCUCUCUGCUGUUGGGUCCUCUAAAGUAUGCUCCUAGGGGAUGUCCCUGAUGUACAUUUUCAUGGGGAAAAGUAUAUUAACAUGAAACAUCAGAAGUGACUGUAAAUAAAAUCUGCAGAUAGUCAAAGGAGAAUCUUGGUGGUUUUUUUUCCAGGUGUUUCCUACAGAUGUCUUUGAAAGGAAUGCAUUUCCAAAUAAAUGACUACAAGCUAAAAUCUCAUUAGAUCACAGGCAUUUUUUUUAAAGUCUCUGCAGACAGAUGGCAUUAUAACAUAGUGUCUCCAGAAGACUAGGCCAUUCUCAGGAUUGCCUAGGUGAUGGAAAGGGACCCUCAGCCUAAGAGCUACCUUAUCUCAUUUACUCACAUUCCUUUAAGCCUUCAGGAACUCUUGACAAAAGGAAGCUAGAAUGUUGUGACUUUUCUGCUAACAGUUUCCCAAAGUCUUUGAAUCAGCUGUGUAUCUACACAUUCUCCUUUGUCUUAUUCUUUUUUUUUUCUGAAAAAAAAAAAAUUAUGCCCACAUGAGCCUGUUUUCCUGAACACAGGCCAGGAGAGCUAGGCUUCCUGCUUUGUUUUAUGUUGUAUGUCCUGGAAACCAAGAAACAGCAGCUUUUAUUGCUGGCUUAAGUGAAAAAUUAGAUUUCAUAGAGUUCAUUUUUUCUUUUCUUGUUUGAUCUACAGUAGUUUUUAAAAACAGGCAUUGUCAGAAUUCCCUUUAAAAAAAAUAGGGGUUUUAAAAGACUAGUUGUCAAGGAGAAAAUAACUCUGAGAAAGGAACAGUUAUGUGAAAAUUCUAGAACUUUAACCUAGAAAUUCAUUCAUUUACGUGCAUAAAACAUCCUCCACAUUUGAUUGCUAAAAGUUCCAUCAAGCUUCCAAGCUCACGGUGUUUGUCAGUUCUGCCCACUCAAUAAUUUACCUUCAGAGCCAUUUGUUUCCAUUCAGUGGGGUGAUAGUUUUGAAAUAUGGGUUUUAUUUUAAUUUGCAGUGAGAAAUAGGGUCAGUGAAAAAACUUUUUCUUGUCUUCAGAUAAUUCAGUGCUUGAGCAUCUCUGUCAGAAAUGGAAUGGCAUACUGUUAGCCAAUUAGGAUUAUUCUGUGUAUUGUUAUUGUGUUCUGCUGAUUUUUAUAUGAAAAUGUGAUUAUCCAUUCUUCAUCUCCGGAAGCAAUCAUUAUAAUGAGGCUUUUACUUUGGAAACAAUUUCAUAAUAAAGAUAAGUAUUAAGAGUA